GACUCAAAUCUUCUUGCAUUGAAUUGCUUGAAGUUAUGCUAGAAGAAACAGAUGAAAAUUCUCCACAGCUAGCUCAAUGGAUAAUAAAUCACUGGAACAUAGCUACAUUUUUAAAGGCUAUGUUUGAAUUUUGGCAAGCAUAUUUAGGGCCUUUUAAUAUUUCUACUCGUGAACAACUACGAAACAGUGUGUUUCGUGCUUAUCAUGUACUUCGAAGAAUUUCUGAUUAUAAAGGAAUCAGUGUUGACGAAUUAGUGGGAUAUGAAAAACACUCUAAAAAAACUGAUCCUACAAGCUUUGAUAAAUUAUUUGAUGAAAGUGUAGAUGAUGCUAAAGGAAUGUGGCAACAUUGUCAAGAUUGGUCAAGAAGUAUUGAAGUUGUCUACAAAGCUAAGAGUGGUAAAAAAAUUCUGACCCGUACCUAUUUUCUAUAUGAACCCCAUAAACAUCUUGGUGAGAGUGAGAAAAAUGCUAUAAUGCUACGCAUCAAAAGAAAUACACCUCAGGAAAAACUCUCUGAUCUUCUCAAAUGGACAGAAGCUAUUAGAUCUGCUCAGGAGUGGAAAAAAAAAGUAAAAAAAUCCUGGAAAACUUACUGGCUUUUGUGGGCAUCAUGA